ACACAUACUUAUAUAUAUCACAAUUGGAAACCCUGAGUUCAAAAUUAGGUCACAGGCGAUCACAAAUCACGUGAAAUUGUAAUAAAAAAAUAUUAUUACGUGAAUUUAAAUAAAGUUAUAAUUUUUUAUAAAAAACUAGGGUUUUGGUGAAAUCAGGGUUGAAAAUGGGACUAGAAUCAUCUGAACAUGAAGCAGAUGACGCCGAUACUGAUUUCGUUGAGAUUGAUCCUUCUGGUCGAUAUGGCCGGUAUAAAGAAGUGCUGGGUAAAGGUGCCUUUAAAAAAGUAUACAAAGCUUUUGAUGAAUUGGAAGGCAUUGAAGUAGCAUGGAAUCAAAUAAAGGUUUCUGAUUUCUUAAGGAGCCCCGAAGAGCUGGAGCGGCUAUACUCGGAAGUUCAUUUGCUAAAAACGCUUAAGCACAAGAACAUUAUUAAGUUUUACAGUUCCUGGGUUGAUACGAAGAAGGAGCACAUCAACUUUAUUACUGAGAUUUUCACAUCUGGAACGCUCAGACAGUAUCGCAAGAAACAUAAGCAUGUAGAUCUGAGAGCGUUGAAAAAGUGGUCUAAGCAAAUAUUGGAGGGACUUUUGUACCUUCAUAGUCAUGAUCCUCCGGUUAUACACCGUGAUUUGAAAUGCGACAACAUUUUUGUCAACGGGAAUCAAGGAGAGGUGAAGAUUGGGGACCUUGGACUGGCGGCCAUUCUUCGUCAGGCUCGUUCUGCUCACAGUGUCAUUGGUACUCCGGAGUUCAUGGCACCAGAGCUUUAUGAGGAGGAAUACAAUGAGCUUGUAGAUAUAUAUGCCUUCGGAAUGUGCUUGCUAGAAUUGGUGACAUUUGAGUAUCCGUAUAGUGAGUGUGUCAAUGCAGCUCAGAUAUAUAAGAAAGUGACAUCAGGUGUCAAACCAGCUUCAUUAGCAAAAGUAAAGGAUCCUGAAGUGAAAUCAUUUGUAGAGAAGUGUAUUGCUAAGGUAGUGGAUAGGUUAUCCGCCAAGGAAUUGCUAAUGGACCCGUUUCUGCAUGAUGAGAUCACUGAUGGUUUACGUAGACCAGGUCCAUCCAAUUUUAAACCAGAUGAUGAUGCCGAUAAUCCUGGCAAUGGCAAAGCUCCAGCUAUGCUUGAUUCUGCUAGAGAUUUCACUGUUAAAGGGCAAAUGAGAGACAUGAACACGGUUUUCCUAAAACUACGGAUAGAAGAUACUGCAGGCCAGGUUCGGAAUAUUCACUUCCCGUUUGACACCGAUAAUGACACUUCAAUUGCUGUUGCUAGUGAAAUGGUUGAGGAGCUAGACUUAACAGAUCAAGAUGUCUCCACAAUCGCUGAAAUGAUCGAUGCAGAAAUUCGGUCAUGUAUUCCUGAUUGGGCACCUCGGGAUUAUUUUGAUGAUCAAGAAGAGAAUGAAGCUCCAAACUCUGUUGAUUCCGCCUCUGACCUUCAAAAUGAAUCUCCACCCCCCGUAACUGUUAAAUCUUGCGCCUCACCUGGACUAUUAGCUCUCGAAAGAUUACCCUCGGGCAGGAAGUAUUGGAGUGAUUCACCAAAAGGAUCCUUUUCUCCACUUAGACCACCCCCCUCAAAUGCCUUGGAAGGUAACACACACUCGGGACCUGCAUGCAGUGAUGACCACCAUUCAAAUAAAGAUGAAUCGAUAAAUAAAGCAGAUGAUGACGAUGAUGAUAGCACAAACGAGAAUGAAGAUGCAGACGAAACUAAAGAUGAAGACGAAGAUGAAGAUAAAAAUGAAGAUGGAGAUGGAAAUAAAAAUGAAAAUAAAGAUGAAGAUCGAGAUGGUGAUAAUCUUGAAAAUGGAGAUCAAGAUGGAGAUAAAAUUGAUAAUGAAGAUCAAGAUCGACAUAAAAUUGAAGAUGACAUUGAAAAUGAAGACGAGGAUAAAGUUGAAAAUGAAGAUGAAUAUGAAGAUACAAUUGAACAUGGUGAUGACAAUGAAAAUGAUAAAGUUGAAAGUAUUGUAGAGAAAUUAGAGACUUUGUUGCUUGAGCAGCAAACAGAGAUGGAUGAACUUAAAAAGAAACAUGGAUUGAUCGUAUCAGAUAUUUUGAAGAAACUUCGGCCGGAAACUCGUCAAGAAGUUGCUAACAUCUGUAAAGUCAAUCUCUCCGAGUGAUCCUCCAAGACAUAAGUUUUUAAGUUUUUAUCAAACAGGAGUCUGAUAAUAUAUUAGGGUUGAUUUGAGGUCAUUUCCAAAAAUAUAAAAGAAGGUAUGCAAAUUGCCAGAAAAGUGAUGAGCCCGAAUCAGCUGCCAAAACUCGUAUACACAAGGUGAGCUCAUAAGCAUCGUCAACUUGUAGUUCAUUAAGAUUUCACAAAGGCUUUGAAAUGUUGUUUUUUAUUUGUUGAAGUAAAUAUAGUUGUACAUACGCUUUUUCUAUUAACCAAAGGUCUGAUAUUUUUCUUUUUUGUUUCCAAAGUGGAGUUUAAUUGUGAAUUUCUGACAAUACGAAUUUCAAGUAGAAUAGAUAUUUACCUUCGAGUAUAAUAGAUAUAUGUUAUUUUUGUAA